AUGAUCAUGGGAAGCAGGAGAGCGUCGGCGGCGGCGGCGGCAGCGAGGAGGGAAGGACAAGGAAAGAAGAAGAAGCGGGACGACGACAACCCGUUCGAAAUCGGCAAGUUCGACGACGACGACCCCCAAUUCGUCGACGAGCCCGUCUUCGUCGAGGUCAAUUUCACCGGCUCGGCCCUCUACGUCUUCGCCGUCCUUCCCCUCGGCCUCUCGCACACCAACUCCACGCCGACCUUCACCAACCUCACCUUCACCCUCGACGCCGCCCCUUACCCCCUCGCCACCUUCGCCCACUCCGGGUCCGCGUACGCCACCGGCUUCCUCGCCCAGGCCGUGCUCGCCCUCCCCUCUCUCCCCUCGGACUCCGCUCACACGCUCCGGAUCGACGUCGGCCCCGAUUCCGUGUUUUUGCUGGACAGCGUCGUGUACACCGCCGCCACGCGAGGGGAGGGGGGUAAGCAGGUGACGCCGCCGAGCGGCUUGGCGGCCAAUCAGACGGCCCCCUCACCGUCACCAUCCGCAAGCGCCAUGUCCACGUCGCCCUCCCCGGCCAAACCGCACAACAUCGCGACCUUCGCCGGCGCCGUCGGCGGCGCCAUCGGCUUCCUCGCCCUCGCCGCGCUCUGCAUCGCCGCCUCGAUCAUCCGCCGCCGCGCCCGCGCCCGCAAACGCGACCGGCAAUGGGCCCGCGACCACGCCGGCGAGCCCGACGGCGCCUCCACGUCCAACCACACCUCGACGUCUUUUUCUGCCGCCCCCGGCCCCGCCGCCCCGCGUACGACGACUCCAGCGGGUGCGGGUGCGGGUGCGGGUGCGGGUGUGGGAGGGAGGGCGAUGAGCGGCCCGGUCCCGUUCGUGCCGCGCUAUUUCCCGGGCACGGUGCCCGCCGCGCCCCCGCCCUACGCCGAGUCCGCGCGCCCGUCCUCCGCCCGAUCGCCCCCGCCGCUCAUCACCCUGCUCUCGCCCGACCUCCGCCCGCAACGCGACGGCGACCGCGACGGCGACUCGAUCUCGCUCGCGCCGAGCGAGCAGCUCCCGUCUUACCUCGAGCACACGGCCUCGCCCCGGAUCCGGCCGAGCGAUAUACCGCUGCUGGACAUGGCCGCGCUCGCGGGCGCAGGAGGGGCAGGGGCGAGGUCGAGUACGGCGACGCAACAGCAACGGCAGCCGGACGACGACGACGAGUUCGAUUACGGCCUGCACGGGCUCAACGUCCCGCCCGCGCCCGCCGCGCACGCGGCCAUCGCCGAGCUCCCGCCCGCGCGCCCGCGCCCGCCGCCGACCCCGCUCCCGCGGCGCGCCGACGGAGAGGAGUCGAGGGGGAGCACGAACUGGCUCGCGCGAUGGCGGAGAGGAAGCGGCGGCGGCGGCGGAGGUGGGUCGGGGAGCUUGCCGCAUCCGCGCGUGGCGGAGGCGGACGGGCUGAUGGAGAACGAGGAGGGCGCGGAGGAGGUCGAUUCGUUGCAUGGGAUCUGA